GACCCUGCAAAAUUUGUUCCUCAGUUUGUGAUCAAACUACGACGUUUUCAGAAAAAAAAAAAGAGGAAGCUGCUUUACAUCCUCAUUUCAACUUUGCUCCAUUUCAUUCUUCAUCACUCUCCAUCCAUAGUCACAUCUCUCAUCUCUUGAAUGCCAGCUCAUGGCUUCUCACUCUCCUAUAUUAAGCCAGCAUGGCCACUCAUCCUCUCCGAGAUCCACAACUAAAUCAAAAGCAUCCCAUGAGGCUCGUAUCAAGCGUCUCAAAGUUGGACGAGCAUGCUUCACAUGUCGUCAGAAAAAGAUCAAGGUAAUGCAUCUUUAGUCAAUACCCAUGUCCGCCUGUGAUGGCUAUAGCAUGCCACUUGCUCGACCUGGGCUUUUUUUUUUAAUCGAUACCACCGUUC